AACUAAUCAACAUCAGCAGCUUAGGUUACUUCCUCGCAGUAUAUCAGCCAUCAGAGGGCGAGAUGCUGGUUCGAACGCGCCACAGAUAAGCCGAAAUACUACGCCUUUCACUCACUUUGGGGAAAAGAAAUGGCGAAGGCAUCUUUCGAGAGAAUGGCGGCAAAGCUAGCAACGGAUGAAGAAAAGGCGGACGCAGCCGCACGAAAGGCAGAGCCGGCCGUUCCGUUGACCGCCGCCCAGAGAAUUCUGAAGGCGUGGGAGAUAAAGGAUUACUUCAGCCUGCUGGGGUUGCCCGAGCCGGAGGCGGACGAGCUGGGCCGCCCUGUGUGGAGCUGCACGGAGGUGGAGGUGGGGAAGGCGUACCGCAAAUUGUCCAUCGUGGUGCACCCGGAUAAAAACCCGGGUGAUGAUGAAGCGCGGCGGGCGUUUGAGGUGCUCAACAAGGCGCAUCGAAUGCUCAAAGACCCCACCUCACGGGAGGACGUGCUACGUGGAGCGGCGGACAAGGCUCGGCGGAAGAGGGAGCAGCAGGAGGCGGCGGCGGACUUGGACACGCGCAUGAGAAUGAAUGCGGCCAAGAACGACAGAGCACGGGAAAUGCGGAAACAGGAGGGCCAAGGACUGCAGUCACACAUCCUUGAGCAGAUGCGGAAACGACAAGAGGAGGUGAAGCGGAGAGCAGAGGCAGCUGCGAAGGCAGCAGCGGCACGCGGUGGGCGGCGGAGCGAGGACAGCGAUGACGAGGAGGAGCGCGGGCAAGGCGCGGGGGUGCACAUGGGGCCGGCCAAGCCGGGGGCACGAACAGCCGCACAAGCGGAGGGCAGCGAUGAGGACGAGGACGCCGCAGCCGCAGCUCGAAACAAGCGCCGGAAGAAGCCUGCUUUCAUGUAACUGGUGGCGCUGCCAUUGCUAAUGAUUUCGACAGGGUGGAAUUGAUGGCACACAUCUGUGAGGCAUGUGGCGCCUUUCCUGCAUUUUGGUGGCAAGGCCCAUGGAUGGCUGAGGUGUUGGCGAGUGCCAAGUGCGUUACAGCGCACAUGGAGGCGACACGAGAGGACACCUGGGCUGCCAGGGCGUUGGUUGGGUCGCAUGGAGGUGGGGUGCAUCGCGCAUUCUCAUGAGGGUCGCAACGGUCGCUGGUAGACAACGUGUGAGGACGGAGGUGAAGGUCAUGUGGCACAAGCACGUUACCUCCUCGUCAUUGCAUGUUCCGGUUUCAAGACGCUUGCAAAAGCUGCGAAAGACCCGCUGUGGGGCACGUGCACUCUCGUGGAGCCGCGAAGUUGGUACGGGGUCCGAGGCUGCUGGUGAUCCGUGGUGUCCGCUAUGAUAGCGAAUAGGGUUACAUGUGGGAUGACAGCCGCGGACAAGCCAGGGCUUCAAACACGCCCGGAUGAUAGCCAGGGUCGAGUCCGGGGUGAGCGACAGGAGUUGCCAAGUAUCCUGAACGACUGGUUGCUGCCCCUGUAAGCUAGGUUGACGUAUCCGACUAAAACAAUCUUGGGUGUCUUAUCGUCACACACCACCAUCCGAAUUGGGUCAGGGGCCUUGGCAUCGGGAGAAUGCAUGGGC